GGGCUCCUCAGCCUUCUCGGGCUCCUGGCCGCCGCGGUGGCAAGCCCUGUCCUGUGGCAGAAGGAGUGCGUGAAGGGGCCGGAGGUGUGGUGUCAGAGCAUCCGCACGGCCUCGCAGUGCGGGGCAGUGAAACACUGCCAGCAGAACGUCUGGAACAAGCCUGCUGUGAGCAGUAUUCCCUGUGACUUGUGUAAGGAGCUUGUGACUGUUGCUGGCAAAGUUUUAAAGGAUAAUGGCACUGAGGAUGAGAUCCGCUCUUACUUGGAAAAGACGUGCGAGUUUCUUCCCGACCCAGGCCUCGUCUCCGAGUGCAAAGAAAUUGUGGACUCCUACCUACCAGUUAUCAUGGAUAUGAUCAAGGAAGAGCUGGAUAAACCUGAGGUUGUGUGCAGUGCCCUCGCUCUGUGCCAGUCCCUUCAGAAGCACCUUGCAGCAAUGAAGCUCCAGAAGCAGCUCCAGACCAACAAGAUCCCAGAGCUGGAUUUCUCCGAGCUGGCAUCCCCGUUCAUGGCUAACGUGCCUCUUCUCCUUUAUCCUCAGGACAAGCCCAAGCAGAAGCCUAAGGCGAGUGGGGAUGUGUGCCAAGAUUGCAUUCAGCUGGUCACUGAUGUUCAGGAAGCUGUGAAGACAAACUCCUCUUUUGUCAAGUCUUUGGUUGCUCAUGCCAAGGAGGAAUGUGACCGUUUGGGACCUGGGAUGUCCGAUAUGUGCAAGACCUACAUCUCUGAGUAUUCUGACUUGGCCAUCCAGAUGAUGAUGCACAUGAAGGAUCAGCAACCAAAGGACAUUUGUGCCAUGGUUGGCUUCUGUGCUUCUGUGAAGUCUGUUCCCCUUCAGCCUCUGGUGCCAGCUCAGGUGGUUCAUGAGGUGAAAAUGGAAAUUGUGGAGAAGGCCUCAGUUCAAGAGAAGACUUUUUCCUUGUGUGAAAUCUGUGAGACCAUGGUGAAAGAAGUGACCGGCCUCUUGGAGAGCAACAAGACAGAGGAGGAGAUUGUGCAUGAGAUGGAGGUGGUCUGCCGCCUGUUCCCGGGAAGCGUCAAGGACCAGUGCAAGGACUUCAUCGAGGUCUAUGGCCAGGCUGUGAUUGACAUGCUCUUGGAGGCAACAAAUCCCGAAGCUGUGUGUGCCAUGCUGAAAUGCUGUGCAGCCAGCAAGCUUCCCCAGCUGCCAGUUGUAGUGAAACCUGCAGGUGGCUUCUGUGAUAUCUGCAAGAUGGUGGUGGCUUAUGCAGACAAAGAGCUAGAGAAGAAUGCCACGACAGCUGAAAUUGAAGCUCUACUGGAAAAAGUCUGUCACUUCCUGCCAGAGUCUGUCAGUGAGCAGGUCCGUCUCUCAAGUGUCUCUGCUUCUGCUAUAAAUGUCCAGUGUGUGCAGUUUGUGGAACAGUAUGAACCCGUGGUUGUGCAACUCUUGGCAGAGGUGAUGGAUCCCACUUUUGUUUGUACUAAACUCGGAGUCUGUGAGUCAGCCAAAGAGCCUCUCCUGGGGAAUGAUGCCUGUGUCUGGGGUCCUGGCUACUGGUGUAAGAACAUGGACACUGCUGCUCAGUGCAACGCUGUUGAUCACUGCAAACGUCAUGUGUGGAACUAGAAGAAGAAUUUCCAGUUCUGAAAGUUUGCCAUGGCUCUUGGGAAAUGUGGGCCGAGGUUGGCAGAGAGCUGUAUCUCACCUGUCCCUCCUCUCUGCCUCAUUAACAAUUUGACCUUCAAGUUCCUUUGUUGUAACUCUUCUGUAGCAGUGCUGCUGUUGAAGGAUCAGAUUUUCGUUGUUGACCUAACAAAGAUACUUCUGAUUGUACAGUUUAACCCAUUAUGCUCCUAAAAAUAGUCAGUGUGUUGUAGAUUUCAUUUUUUUUUUUUUUUUUUUUUUCAAUUGGUAGGCUGAAGUGCUUUUUUAUGUGCUGGGAAGAAUGACAGAGAUGGUGAAAUGAGACAAUUAUCUUUUAAUUUAAAAAAAAAAAGCAAGAUAGCAUCUAAACUUUCAAAUGUCUUUCUGUAGGCAGCAUUGGGAAGAUUUUACAUGCUUUGCAUUUUUAACAUCUGGCUGGAAUUUUUCUUUUCUGUGUAUGGGAACUCUUAAGGGAUAAUGUUGACUCUGGGAAUCCUUUUGGCUGGAAUUUUCAAAGCUCUGCAGAUGCAGAGGAGGGGGCUUUGUGUGCCCAGCUAACUUUCAAAGUCACUGGUACUCAAAGAGAUGCGUUUUGAGUGAUCAGCCUUUUGCAUCUGAGUGACCACGCUUGUGGCUCAUGCUGUUGUUACAGCUAAGGAAAACCCUCCCUCACCCUUCAGUCACAUCCUUCUGAUUUCCUUGGACUGCUGGGUCUUGGCACAGCUCUUCUGCUGCCAAGCCCAGUCCAGUGGGAUGUCAGUUUUCCCAAAGCAUGUUGGCAUACCUGAGGAAUGACUCCCUUUUUUUUUUUUUCUCUCUCUCUCUUAUCCUAGUUGCUCAAUUCUGCUUGGUCUUGCAGCUUCCCACAAGCAGCCAGCUGGGUGCUGAGGAGGUAGCGUGAGCUGUCACUGGAAGAUGGAGGGAGGAUCAAGUCAGCAGGAGCUGGGAAUGUGUCAAAGGCAGCUCAGCACUGAGGGUGGGAUUUGUGGAAGAAACCUGUUUGUUCCUUGAUCUGCUUUUCCUCUCACAGACUAUUUCAGUCACCUAAAGCUUGAGAGAGGUGCUGUGAGGCCUGGGGGCUCCUCCCACUGCUGCCCACCCACUCUCACUGACGCCCUUCUGAGUAACUGGAGGUAUGAAUGGUUAUCCAGAGUUCCCAUUUCUGCUGGGAAAUGCAGCAGGCAGAGAUGGCAGGUGGUAGGAGCACUGAAGUAGGUAUUUGAAGCUCUGCUGACACACUUGACAGCCUGCCUUUCUCAGCUCCCUGAAAUUCCACUUCAAUGGACUGAAAUCCACCCCCCCUCAAAAAAAAAAGCCUUCAAGGCAGGCUGCUACCCUGGGAACAUGGCAGGCCCUUGAUGUGAAGGGUCCUUGGGAGUGAGAAUCCUGCUUGUAUUGCCUGGAACAGACCUUGCAUUGGGUGUGCACUUUAUAGAUCAAGGUAAUCCCUAAAGCAGAGGCACUGAAGUAGCUCUGAGGAGACUUUUGGGAAGGAGCAGCUGGGCAGAGGCAGAGCUUUGAAAAUUCCAGUCCUGUUCAGAAAGAUGCUGGUAACUCCUGCUGUUCCUGUGGGGUGUGCAGGAGCUCCAGUAACAAUGCUGUAGCAGCAAAGUAAAGUAUUUUUCAUAGGAAGAACACUGGACUGCAGGUUUUUAGUUGAUCUGUGUACAUGCUAAAAGCCUGGGCAGUGCUGACAGAUGGCAACAGAGGUUUGUUCUCCCCUGUUUCCUGAAUGCUGAAGCACUCGUGGCUUUAAACAAGAGAGGGGGAAAAAAAAAAAAGGAAAAUUUCCCCUAAAGACAUAAAAUACCUGCAUGUUUCUGUCCUGGCAGGCUUGUUCUGGUGGUGUAUCCCAGCUGGGGUUAGAUGGAGCAGACAGGAGAUGGGCUCUGUCCCUUCGGCAUCGCUGCCCUGGAGGGAAGGGUUGUGUUACACCACGGCACGGAGCGUGGCAUUUGUCGUUUUAAACUGGAUGCUGUGGAUCUUUCUUGGGGGGAGGUGGGGCUGCAUUGACAACUUGGCAGGUCCAGGAAGGUUUUAUUUCCCUGGGGUUUUUAGUAGGAUUCAUGCUGGUGACCUGCUGGGCAAGGUGAAGCAGGGGAAGUCCUGUGCUGCUGCUGGGAGUCCCUUUAGUUUUCUCCCUUCCUGUGGACCGUGGCACCCGACCUGCUUGAGUCAUGCUGGGGGGGGACACUGUGCAGUUGCUUUCUAAAGAACAUUGUCUUGGGUUUUUUUUUUUUUCCUUUUAUUUUUUUUUUCUGUUUUUUUGUUUUUUUGCACAAAAGCUUCCUUAAUGAACAAUAAAAACUUCUGUAAACCGA